UCCGUACUUCCCCCAUUGUCUACCGAGUACUUCCACCGUCACCAUACUUGACCUGGAUAUUGAGAUGUCAUGGCAUCUUACAAGCAAGUCAAGCCCUCUAUGUGCAUCAAGACUUGCUAAGUAUUUCGAUUUGGGUGGUCUAAUCCACAGAUAAUCAUUGUAGCGACAGCUGUUCAUCAAUCUCCCUGUCACACCUCUAAAACCUCGAAGCCAUUUGACAUUCCCAAGCUCUAAAGGAGACGGAAUAAAUUACUCUCCUCUCAUUAUCCUCCACAAUGGGUGCAUAUCAGUCUACUGAGUCUGUGGGUCAUAAGUCAUCUCCAGAGGAACUGAGCUACGUGCUUGCCGAUCGCUUCGCAACGAAAUGUUUUACCCCUCUGGAGCUCACCCAUUUCAAAGACAAUUUUUAUAGUCGCGCAAUUGACCAAGGCGGCGUGAGAUAUUGGAAUGAACAAAUACUAUCGGACUUCCUUGGGGUCCCAGACAGCAGCGAUGCCCAAUGUCCGCUUGACGCUGGCCCGGUGAUCUUUCGCAUGGUUUCGUAUCUAGGAGCAUUUCCGUUUCAGAAUACGCUGGCUCCCAGCGUACUCACGUUUGAUGCUAUGGUGAAGGUGGUUGUCUUACUCACGGAACGAUACGGAAAGGUGCUCAGAAAAGCCCGCAGAGACCGCAUAAGACUACUAUUUGGUAGUCUAGCUGACGUUGGACGAAAAGAUGCUGAGAAGCCAGAAAGUGGUCAAAUUGUCGAACAGGACGCCCCGAUUCCUCAUGCUCCUGGUUUUGCCGUUGAUGCCCCUGCUAACGACUUUUACGAGGAUGAGGAGGAUGAUGAUUUAGCACUGGCUGCCUUAGAAUCGCUAGAUGCGAUCGAGGUCUUCAAGCAUGACUCUCGCGUAGACAGGGCUGUCUAUGAAGCUCGUGUCUCGGAUAAUACGUUCCGUCGUCUGCUUAUGCUACUGAUUGCAAUUUCAGAUCUGAAGACGACCGAGUCCGCAGCGGCCUACACCUCGAACCUCAGCAGAACACGCCUGGAGUCAAUUCGAAAAGAAACGGACAGCAUCAUGGCAGCCUUUGACCACGAACCAGCCGGAGGGUUUGGGUACAAGUCUUUCGCGACAACCGUGACUUCGUCGUUACCUUACCUAUUUGAUCCCUUAACACCUCUGUUCGAGAACUUCUUGUUUAGCAAGAACCUGGAUCUGUCUCAAAAGCGCGAUAGGACAAAUUCGACAGACUCUACAUUCGAAAAAGCCGCUGUGAACGAGUCGCAGUCUCCACCCUCGAUCAUGCUCGAGGGUAGUUUCAAAUCAACGAUACUAGACAUGAGCAUGAUCUCGCACCUCUCAUUCUUCCUACCCUCAACGUCCGCGAACCUGAAUUUCCUUCGCGGAAAUACGCGCUUGCACCCGGUCUUUUCGACGGCCGCACAUGGCUCCUCACUAACAUCCUUCUCACAUCAUGUCCUCACCUGGUCAUCCGGUACGCUGCUCAUUCUGGAGGGUGUGUCAGAGACCAGUGCCGCCAUUGUUCUCGGCGCCUACCUGCCACAGCCAUGGAAAUCGCCGUCAUCAUCUGCCUCGUCUUCCACAUUCUCCAACUCGGUUCUCCCUUGUCUUUUCCAGCUCUCCCCGAAACACAUGCUUCUUCAAGGAAACACUUCUCCAUCUGUACAGAGACCAGAUACUCCCCCAGCCUAUUUCUCCACAAGCUCUGGAAUAUCUAUUGGUUGUCGCAUCCCGCCUUCAUCACGCAGCAACCACAAGCCUCCCUCCCCCUUAGGGGCAGGCAGUCUAACCAUCGAUGCCCACCUCGAGACAGCGACCUUCUAUGUCUCCUCUGUGGGUCAUGACGGCUCGUUUCUCCCUCCAGUGCCGAGCACUGGCACCGAGACCACAUACAAGACUACUAUAGACAUCUAUAACCUAGAAAUCUGGGGUCUGGUUCCAGAUCCUACGACCACAAGCUCCGAAGAGGGGAAAAGCGCUGUCGAGCUACAGCAGGAGAAGUGGGAGUUUGAGGCGCGGGAGGCGGAGCGACGACGAAAUCUGAACCUCAAGGCUGGCGCCGGCGACUCCGCUGCUGAGAGUGCUCGCUGGCUGUUGGAGACGGCCGGCAUCAUCGGGGACAAUAGUCGACGAGGCGGCUAACGCAGAGUCUGAUUGCAGGCGAUCGCGGCUUUAUUGCGGUCCAUCUAAAUUGUUCAUGGGGUUUGCUUGGAAGUAUUCCUUCGAAAAACAUUGAUUGGUUUGCUGAAGCAUAAACUAUAGCUAGCUUACCUAUUUGGCGCAUGUGGUUUGACAUGAACAUUGUUGCUAUCUUGGUACCAGAAACAGAACCGAAUGCAUAGCACGGUC